AUGAAUUCAUUCGAAGCUACAAAUCCGCAAGAUUUUGCUGAACAACUCCAAGAACAACCGCUUAAUUUUUCAACUAAUUCCAUUAAACAAAUUCAUGUCUCUACUACAGCAGCAACACAUUGGAAAGAUUCAGAAUCUGCCGAUAAUGCAAAUUGUAUUGAUAACUCAGAUAGUAUCACAUCAUCUUCUAGACAAACGGAAAGGGAUUCGGUUCCAGUUUCUGUCCCGGUUCCUGUUCCUGGUACCGCUCCACACCCCACACCGCUUUUCACCUAUCAACCGUCUAUAUUUAUGGCUCCAGGACUUUUACCACCUUCCUAUAUGUCAUCAUUUGCCGCUGCUGCCGCAAUGUCCGCUGCGAUGAACGCUGCCGUGCACCGUUUACCUCAAGUUUUGUCACCAGGUUAUAAUCAUGGAAUCGAAGGAGAUCCAACAACUAUUUCGGUUAAUGCUUUUUGUUCAGUAAAUGGAACGCAUAGUUCUAAUCCAAAUUCACCUGCACUUUCUUGUGCUGUUUGUGGUGAUAUAUCCAGUGGAAAGCACUACGGAAUAUUAGCGUGUAAUGGUUGCAGUGGAUUCUUUAAAAGAAGCGUUCGUCGUCGACUUAUAUAUCGAUGUCAAGCUGGAACGGGUUCGUGCGUUGUUGAUAAGGCUCAUCGGAAUCAGUGUCAAGCUUGCAGACUUAAGAAGUGUCUCAGUAAAGGAAUGAAUAAAGAUGCUGUACAAAAUGAACGUCAACCACGAAACACAGCAACAGUACGUGUUCCGAAUGACCGUCCAAAUCUUUCCAAUACAAUUAGUACGGCAUUUCGCAUGAAUGGAGAAACACCUGAUUCAACUUCUGGUACAUCAGUUGCAAAGACUUAUUCUCCAGUAAGCGAUUCAAGCAAACAAGAUUCAUUAGAGGUUAUUGGAAGUGACAAAAUUGAUGAGAUUCGACGUGGUAUUGAAAAUGAAAAUGUCCAAGAAGCUUCUGCAAGUCUUUUAUUUUUGGCAUUAAAAUGGGCUAAAAAUCUGCCAUCAUUUGCUUUAUUAUCAUUUCAUGAUCAGUUAAAAUUACUGGAAGUUGGCUGGUGUGAUUUAUUUCUUCUCAGUGUAUUUGAAUGGUCACUUCCAAUGGAAAAAUGUCCAUUGUUGAAUAUGGCACAAAUUUCUGAAAAUUUGAAUUUUCGGUACUUGAAUGAAUUAUUUUUGCGAGUACGAAAUUAUGCUGUUGAUCAUGGCGAAUUUGCAUGUUUAAAGGCAUUGGUACUGUUUAGGCCAGAAACAAGAGGACUGAAAAAUUUAGCUCAAGUUGAAGAAUUGCAAGAUCAAGCUCAGCAAAUGCUAGCAAGACACACUAUUACUUCAUCGUCAUCAGCAAGAUUUGGACGUUUACUUUUGCUUCUGCCACUCUUACGAAACGUAAACGUGGAAAGCAUUGAGCAAAUGUUCUUUGUUGCUACUUUUGGUCACACAUCAAUUGAUAAAAUUAUUUGUAAAAUGUAUAAUGGAUGA